AUGGAUGAAAAUUCAGUUGGCCUGCCUCCUCAAUCUGAGGUCGACAUGACUUCGUAUGGUGCCCCUGCCGGCAUCGCUCUGCCAAAACCAGCAGAUGCCCCGUCACCAUCAGCUAAGCGCAAAGUUGGCGAGCUCGAUGAUUCAGCGGAAAAUAACGGCAGCAAGCGAAGAAAGGGCACAGCGCCGGUCAAAGAAGAGUUCUUGGUCACGUCCGAUGACCUGAUCGAGUCGAGACCCGCCCGUGCUGAAGCCGAUGACGAUGCCGCAGAAGCGUUUCAUCAUCAAGACAGACAGCCGAAAAGCCAGAACAGCAAAAGCAAAAGCAAACGCCGUGAGAAGAAGUCAGGUCAAAACAAGGCUCGUGACUUUGGCACUUCGAGGGACGAGGUAGGCUUGUGUUCCACCCGUGUUCACAGACCCGAGCUCUUACCCGAUUCAUGCCCGUUUGGGGACAGCUGUCGCUUCGAGCACGACUUACGGAAAUACCUGAGCCAAUACAAGCGGGAAGACCUGUCUACAUUCAACGGCGUUUGUCCUGUUUGGGAGGUCAAGGGAAGAUGUCCGGCCGGGUGGAAAUGUCGCUUCGUUGGUUCGCACUCUAAAGAAGUCGAGCACGGCGAUGGUCGGAAGGAAUUGGUCCUGGUGCAUAAUGCCGACCAAAUGGCGAAGUAUGCUCAGACUUCGUCCGAGGAGGAAGAGGUGGGCGUGGCGAACAUCCUAACGCCUCAGCAGAGGAUUCAGCUCACCAAGAGGGCGGUGCCGACACCUAGAUCAGAUGACUUUCUCAGCUGGCUCGACGAGCGAGCUCAGAAUCCAGCGGACCAAGGUCGAAAACGUCGACAUGAAAAGGCCCCGCACAAGCCCGAAUCUCUACGAAAUUCUUCCUCUCCCGAAAUGGAAGCUAUUGAAGAUGAAAGGAAUGGAGCCACUGCGCAAGAUUCAAGAGCUGCGUUCAGGGAAGCUCCUCUACGGCCAUCAGAGAAGCGUCGCUUAUACUUUGGCGCGGAGACGCCAAUCCUAGCUCCACUGACGACACAAGGCAAUCUACCGUAUCGACGCCUGUGCACUUCGCUUGGGGCGACGUUCACUUACUCCGAGAUGGCAAUGUCACUUCCUCUUCUCCAGGGUCGUAAAUCGGAAUGGGCUCUCAUGAAAGCCCAUGAGUCGGAUGUCCAACCGCCAACCUUUACGAUGAAACGCCAGGAAAACAUUGUCUUUGACUACGACCAAAAGAAAGAUCUCUGCUUUGGUGCCCAAAUUGCCGCAAAUAAGCCUUGGUUGGCAGUCAAAGCAACGGAAGUCCUUACGACUCUCUUACCAAAGAGUUUGCGGGUCGUUGACCUCAAUGUCGGUUGCCCUAUCGAUCUGGUCUACAGGGAUGGUGCCGGCUCGGCUUUGAUGGACUCGCCACCCAAGCUCGAAAAGAUGCUACGUGGAAUGAACGUGGUGUCGGAUGAGACACCCGUCACAGUAAAGAUCCGCACUGGGACAAAGGAUAAGCAGCCAACCGCUCAGAAACUCGUUGAUCGGCUCGUCCUUGGCAGUGGAAAUGGUGAGUCUUGUGGUGUCGCUGCAAUCACGCUCCACGGACGGACGAGACAACAGAGAUACACCCGUUCCGCAGACUGGGAGUACAUCAUGGAAACGGCUUCAUUGAUCAAGGAGCUCAACGCGAAGGCCGAUGCCGUCGCCGACACUGUCCAUGAGCCCGAGGAGCGGGAUCAGCCCAACGGGCACAAGGGCUCCAGGAACGGGAAGGUCUUCUUUGUCGGAAAUGGCGAUGUCUUUUCUCAUGAGCAUUACUACGACCAUAUCCAGCACGCUGGGGUAGAUGGAGUGAUGGCAGCGCGCGGAGCGCUCAUCAAGCCGUGGCUGUUUGAGGAGAUUGCAGCAGGGCAAUAUCUAGACAAGUCGUCUUCAGAGCGGCUACAGAUCGUUGAGCGUUUCGUCAGAUACGGUCUGGAGGCGUGGGGUAGUGAUGAAAUGGGUGUAGGACAGACCCGGCGGUUCUUGCUGGAGUGGCUCAGCUUUGCCUGUCGAUAUGUGCCGAUUGGCCUCCUGGAGUAUCUGCCGCCCAAUAUUCAGGAUCGACCACCACGGUUCCGGGGCCGGGAUGAGCUCGAGACAUUGAUGGCGAGCGACAACUACAAGGACUGGAUCAAGAUCAGUGAGAUGUUCCUAGGACCAGCGCACAGAGACUUUCGAUUCGAGCCCAAGCACAAGUCCAAUAGCUACGAGAUCCAGGCCGAGGGGUGA